GCUCACUUUUCAACACUACCCAUCGCGCCAUCUUUUUUUCUCCACAAAACAUAUUUUCUCGUCCUGCUUUUUGGGUGUGUUCGCUGCGCAAAAGGCCAGGAAAAUUAAGGAAAAACCAAGUGGCUUGCCAAACCAAAACCGAGAAGGAACCCCACUGAUAGCCAGCGGGAGAAAGGAACCCAGAGCACACACAGAUACCGACCCACAAUAAUGCCACGCUACCGGGAAUGGGACUUGGCCUGCAAGGUGUACGUAGGCAACCUGGGAAGCUCCGCCUCCAAGUACGAGAUCGAGAACGCAUUCAGCAAAUACGGACCCUUGCGCAACGUCUGGGUGGCACGUAAUCCGCCCGGUUUCGCCUUCGUGGAGUUCGAGGAUCGCCGCGAUGCGGAGGACGCAACCCGCGGCCUGGACGGUACCCGCUGCUGUGGCACCCGCAUCCGCGUCGAGAUGUCCUCCGGCCGUUCGCGAGAGGGUCGCGGCGGGGGCGGCGGCGGAGGCGGUGGCGGAGGAGGCGGGGGCGGAUCCGGCGGCGGUGGCCGCGGCGGAGGCAGUGGCGCACGGGCUGGAGGAGGCGGUACAAGAGCUGGCGAUGGCGGCGGCCGUUAUAGAUCCCGCUCACCACGCCGCUCCAGGACACGCAGUCGCAGCUUCUCGCGGGAUCGUCGCAGCCGCUCCGACUCGAGGGAUCGCCAUUAGAUGAGCACUAGGAGAGGAGAGCAGCCCCGAUCCGGACGACACCUUAUUAUAUAUAUAUAUAGAGAUGUAUAACACAGCCACACAGUUUUGGGGCCAAAUGUGUCUGUUUUGCCCCCAAGAAAAGAGCGCCACAGAUUCCUUAGUUUGACUCAAAUAUUUCCUCCCAUACAAAACAUAUAUCCCGACCCCACCCCCUCCUUCACCCUAAAGAACUCGAGCGAGCAACUCCACAAAAGACCACCACACAACCCAGCCAUCUCCGAUCUGGAUCUGGAUCGCAAGUAUAGCCACAGUACAAUUACGGUACAUAUUGGUAUUUAGGCUUUAAGACUUUGGUAGAUUUUAAUUCAGAAAAAAUGAAAAUUAAGUAAUGCAGCAACCAACAACUACAACACACAAAGAGUGAGGCAUCAGAAGAAAGAAACAACAAAGCAUGUUCGAAGGUAAUCGCGAUUAUAUAACACAUUAUCCGUUUGUUUCUUCUCUGAAUCUGUCGCAACACAAAAUGUUUAAGAGAAAAGUGGAUGGAAAGAAAACGUAAGAAGUUUCUAUAUACGAAAGUGCAAGUAAUUAAGUCGUGAAAUGAGAAUCAAUAAAUUGAACAUAAUUUAAAAACAA